AUGGAAGCGGAAGCGACGGUCCGAGGGGAGCCCGCCCCGAAGCAGAAAGCCAAGACGUCCAGGGGCAAGAAGGGCAAGCAUGGAGAUCAGCGGCAGCACGACCCUCCUCGACAACGACGUUUCCCACGACAAGAAGGUGUACGGCUUCUGCGAGCUCGAGGACCCGCUCGUGCUGACCAUGCUCAACGGCAAGAUGCUCCUGCGAAGGCGCUCGGAUGUGUCCGUGCGGAAGCAGGCAUAAGGAAGAGGGAGGAGGCGAGGCGGGGCACGGCUGCGAAGAUGGACCCGCUCGAGGAGAUCGUGGAGCGGCUGGUCGAGCGGUACCCGGACUUGCACGAGAUGGCCGCCCAGAUAGGGCGCGCGCUGCUCCUGUUCAUGCGCGGGUCCUUCCUUCGAGACUCCGCCCACAGACGGGCCGCCAUGACGUGCUUGCCGUUGGAUCCGUUGCUGAGGGACGGCACGCGGCUGAAGAAAUACCAGUUGGAGGACGUGUUCGCGAUGAGGACCAUGGAAAGGAACACACAUACGCCGCUGAGGCUGUCCUCCGGAGCGACGAUGUACCACAACAUCGGCAUCCUGGGGGAGCCGCCCGGAAGCGGGUCCAUGGUGACCGUCGUUGCGCACCUGAUGAGCUCCUUGGACCGGUCGCCGAGCCCAGCCAACACGUACUACAUGUGGUUGGAGGACGAGACCGAGAACACCAAGAGGAGGGUGCUGAUGAGCUCGGAGCACGCGUUCGGCAUGCUCCUGCCGCCCGUGGACAAGGACUCGGCGCCGCCGUUCUGCGGGGCGUCCGUGAUCGCCUGCUCGGGGUUCGGAGCGGACGCAUGGGCCCAGAAGCUCGAGGAGAUCGCGCCCUGUCUGAAGCCGUUGCUGGUGACGAGGCACUCCGACCUGGCGAGGCUCUCCAAGCGCCACCCGGACGCGAUGAGCGAAAAGGAGGGGUGGGUGAUAAUCGUGGCGGAGAACAUGAUCGGGGCUUUCCACGACAUGUACGGAGGCUUCCGGUUCUCGAGGCUCAUCAUAGACGACGCCGGCUCCAUCACGCGCAAGCACCUGCCGAGACUGAGGGCGUGCUUCACGUGGCUCGUGGAGAGCACCGUGGAACAGUACAUCCUGCCCCUCGCUCUCGCUCCGGACCAGAGAGCCGAGCCGAACUCCUACAGGAACGUGUGCUCCGUCCUCCAGGAGGCCGGCAUGACGGAAAUCUCCAGGGUGGUCGUCAGGCACUCCCUCGCGGAGGUCGUGAGAGAGUGCCGGAUAGAGUUCCCCUUGCACGUCCACUACGAGUGCUCCGACGGAGGAGCGGUUCAGCAACUGCGGCGAUACGGGCGCACGUGGGACGGCUGCGCCGGCAUCAGGCCGCUGGAGCUCAGCAACGCGUGCGAGCGGGAGCGCGUCACCAUGCUGCUCAGGACCGGGGCGCAGGUGUGCGCGGACGUCAGAGCGGCCGCCAGGGGGGCCAAGAGGGACGCGCGAGAGCGCAUCGCCGGCUGGAAUAAGGACAAGUGCUGCGUCUGCUGGAGCGGCCUCGCUGGGGAAGAGCGAGGCUGGGGCGAGACGUGCAUCACCUCGUGCUGCUCCCAGCUGCUGUGCUUCGAGUGCAUGGACAAGAUCUCCGGGUCUCCCACGCCCAGAUGCCCGAUCUGCCGGGCCGACGUGAUGGAAUCGGGGAUGCGGCUGCUCACGGAGUCGCCGGACCCCUUUCCACCGAACAUCCGCUUCGACCGUUCCACCCUGUGGAACCGGCGGGUCAAGAGUACCCUCACCGCCGUGCUCAUCGCCAUGCCGCCGGGAUCCAGGGUGGUGCUGUGGUCGUUCGCGCACGUCCACCACCUCGAUUUCAACAACCUCGGCUUUUUCGUGGAGCGCCACGGCUUCUCUUCCUGCCGGCCCCUCAACGGGAGCAAGUACCAGAUCAGGAACGCGCUGAAGAGAUUCAACGAGGACCGGGACGCCAUCGAUGCGGCCGAGAGGAAGGCGGUCUUCAUGACGGCAGCAUGGGAGGCGCGCGGCUGCCACCUCCACGCGGCGACCGACAUCAUCUUCCUGGGCGAGGUGUCCACCUCGGUCUACCAGCACGUAAUGGCUCGGGUGCUGAACGUCUCCAAACCUAGCAUUCAGCGGAGAUGCGGCUCCCUGCGAGUGCACAUGCUGCACUGCAAGGGGCGCUCCUAUCCGGAGCUCUUCCUAGCCGGAGAGGGGCUCGGGAUGGGUGCCGAUCCGGAGAGCUACGCCGCCACCAUACGUCGCUGCAGGGAAAAGGAGGGGGCCGCGUUUGCCGUGAGGAGGCGGCACUAUCUGUGGCCCGUAGACAUAGACGAUGACUACGAAUAA